AUGUCGACAUCUGCUCGCCGUCGUCUCAUGCGGGACUUCAAGCGCAUGCAAACCGACCCUCCCGCUGGUGUUUCUGCCUCCCCCGUGGCCGAUAAUGUUAUGACCUGGUAUGUGGACAACCAAGAGGCCGUGCUCGACGUUGAGCUGUUCUCACAAAUUACUAGGAAUGCCGUUAUUAUCGGACCGGCGGAUACUCCCUUUGAGGAUGGUACCUUUCGCCUCGUGAUGAAUUUCGAGGAACAAUAUCCGAACAAGCCACCCGGGGUUAAAUUUAUCAGUCAAAUGUUCCAUCCUAAUGUCUACGGUACUGGCGAGCUGUGCCUCGACAUUCUUCAGAAUCGCUGGAGUCCAACAUAUGAUGUGGCCGCCAUCUUGACCAGCAUUCAAAGUUUGCUCAACGACCCCAACACAUCUUCUCCGGCCAAUGUUGAAGCUUCGAACCUUUACAAGGACAACCGCAAGGAAUACAUCAAACGGGUGCGGGAGACCGUGGAAAAAAGCUGGGAAGACUGA